UCCUUUUCUCAAAUCCAACCAACACAAAAAUCCUCCAGCUCUAUCAGUCCCGUGAAUACAUACAAACGACAACCAGUUCGUUCAAUCCCUAAGACCAAUGUCGAUCCCUCCAUCUUCAUCAACUUCACAGCAAUUCACAUACGCAGCAUCCGCAACAUCUGCAACAGCGACAGCAACAGCAGCAAACGGCACGUAUUUCCCUACCCCCUUUCACCUACAGCAAUCGGACCCUUACCCAAAACCAUAUGUCACCCCACCUCCUACCGUUAUGGCGCCCGUUUACCCGCCUGCCCCGAUUGGACCCGUUUACUCUCUCCCCCAGUACCAGCAGGCGCAACAAUUAUUUCAAAGGGAUGCACAAACGAUUACACCUGAAGCACUUGAGGGUGUAAAAGCAGCCCUUGCGAGUAGUGAGAUUGAACAUAAAGCAGAAACUAAAAAGAAAGCAGUUCCUCGUAAAGCUGCUGGCCUGACAUGGGAGGAUCCAACUCUUGCAGAAUGGCCUGAAAAUGACUACCGCGUAUUUUGUGGUGAUCUCGGUAAUGAGGUGAAUGAUGAUGUUCUUUCAAAAGCAUUUUCGAGGUUUCCUUCUUUUAACUUGGCCAGAGUUGUCAGGGAUAAGCGGAGUGGCAAGACCAAGGGCUAUGGAUUUGUUAGCUUUGCCAACCCUACUGACCUAGCUGCUGCACUUAAGGAGAUGAAUGGUAAAUAUGUUGGAAACCGGCCCAUCAAAUUACGGAAGAGCAACUGGAAGGAGAGGACAGAUUAUGGAGCACUAGAUAGACACAAGAACCACAAUCAUAAGAAACCGAAGCUUUCGAAGAAGAGCAUAUUGCACAAGUAAGUGUGAUGACAUCUUGUGACGCGGGAAGCAACAUGCCACCUUAGUUGGGUGUGUUGGUGAUACCUUUCUACCCCUUUAUAUUGAUGUUAAACUAAGCAGGUGUAAAAUUACGUGAUACAUCUUAUUAUUCUAAACAGCUCAUUUGCACAAUGGAAACAUAUGUAGCUCUCAAGCGAUUUGAGUUGUUCAUCCGCACAAAGAUGUUUAGAUGCA